AUGUCGGCUCCUGUCGGGCCGCGGGGCCGCCCGGCUCCCACCCCGGUGGCCUCUCAGCGGCCUCUGCAGCCCGAGAUGCCCGACCUCAGCCACCUCACGGAGGAGGAGAGGAAAAUCAUCCUGGCCGUCAUGGAUCGGCAGAAGAAAGAAGAGGAGAAGGAGCAGUCGGUGCUCAAGGUCAAAGAAGAACACAAACCACAACCGACACAGUGGUUUCCCUUUAGUGGGAUCACUGAACUGGUAAAUAACGUUCUUCAGCCCCAGCAAAAACAACAAAAUGAAAAGGAGGCCCAGACAAAACUUCAUCAGCAGUUCGAAUUGUAUAAGGAGCAGGUCAAGAAGAUGGGAGAAGAGUCACAGCAGCAGCAAGAGCAGAAGGGGGAUGCCCCAACCUGUGGUAUCUGCCACAAAACAAAGUUUGCUGAUGGAUGUGGCCAUAAUUGUUCCUAUUGCCAAACGAAGUUCUGUGCUCGUUGUGGAGGUCGAGUGUCAUUACGCUCAAACAAGGAGGACAAAGUGGUUAUGUGGGUAUGUAAUUUGUGCCGAAAACAACAAGAAAUCCUCACUAAAUCAGGAGCAUGGUUUUAUAAUAGUGGAUCUAAUACACCACAGCAACCUGAUCAAAAGGUUCUCCGAGGACUGCGGAAUGAGGAAGCACCUCAGGAGAAGAAAGCAAAACUACAUGAGCAGGCCCAGUUCCAAGGACCCUCAGGUGACUUAUCUGUACCUGCAGUGGAGAAAAGUCGAUCUCAUGGGCUCACAAGACAGGAUUCUAUUAAAAAUGGGUCAGGAGUGACGCACCAAAUUGCCAGUGACAUAGCUUCAGACAGGAAAAGAAGUCCAUCAGUGUCCAGAGAUCAGAAUAGAAGAUACGACCAAAGGGAAGAAAGAGAGGAAUAUUCACAGUAUGCUACUUCGGAUAGCGCGAUGCCUAGAUCUCCGUCAGAUUAUGCUGAUAGGAGGUCUCAACAUGAACCUCAAUUUUAUGAAGAAUCUGAUAAUAUAAAUUACAGGGACUCCAACAGGAGAAGUCAUAGGCAUUCGAAAGAAUAUAUUGCAGAUGAUGAGGAUGUGGAGAGCAGAGAUGAAUAUGAAAGACAAAGGAGAGAAGAGGAAUACCAGGCACGCUAUCGAAGUGAUCCGAAUUUGGCCCGUUAUCCAGUAAAGCCACAGCCCUAUGAAGAACAAAUGCGUAUUCAUGCUGAAGUGUCUCGAGCAAGGCAUGAGAGAAGGCAUAGUGAUGUUUCUUUGGCAAAUGCUGAACUGGAGGAUUCCAGGAUUUCUAUGCUAAGGAUGGAACGACCAUCAAGGCAAAGAUCUAUAUCUGAACGUAGAGCUGCCUUGGAAAAUCAGCGAUCUUAUUCAAUGGAAAGAACUCGAGAGGCUCAGGGACCAAGUUCUUAUCCACAAAGGACCACAAACCAUAGUCCUCCUACCCCCCGGAGGAGUCCGAUACCCAUUGAUAGACCAGACCUGAGACGUACUGACUCACUAAGGAAACAACACCACUUAGAUCCUAGCUCAGCUGUAAGGAAAACAAAACGGGAAAAGAUGGAAACAAUGUUAAGGAAUGAUUCUCUUAGUUCCGACCAGUCAGAGUCUGUGAGACCUCCACCGCCAAAGCCUCAUAAAUCAAAGAAAGGGGGUAAAAUGCGCCAGGUUUCACUGAGCAGUUCAGAGGAGGAAUUGGCUUCCACACCUGAAUAUACAAGUUGUGAUGACGUUGAGAUUGAAAGUGAGAGUGUAAGUGAAAAAGGGGACAGUCAAAAGGGAAAAAGAAAAACUAGAGAGCAGGCAGUUUUGUCGGACUCUAACACCAGGUCUGAGAAACAAAAGAAAAUGAUGUACUUUGGUGGCCACUCUUUGGAAGAGGAUUUGGAAUGGUCUGAGCCUCAGAUUAAGGACUCUGGGGUAGAUACCUGUAGUAGCACAACCCUUAACGAGGAGCAUAGCCAUAGUGAUAAGCACCCUGUGACGUGGCAGCCAUCUAAAGAUGGAGAUCGUUUAAUUGGUCGCAUUUUAUUAAAUAAGCGUCUAAAAGAUGGAAGUGUACCUCGAGAUUCAGGAGCAAUGCUUGGCUUAAAGGUUGUAGGAGGAAAGAUGACUGAAUCAGGUCGGCUCUGUGCAUUUAUUACCAAAGUAAAAAAAGGAAGUUUAGCUGAUACUGUAGGACAUCUCAGACCUGGUGAUGAAGUGUUAGAAUGGAAUGGAAGGCCAUUGCAAGGAGCCACAUUUGAAGAAGUAUAUAACAUCAUUCUGGAAUCCAAACCCGAACCACAAGUGGAGCUUGUUGUUUCAAGGCCUAUUGGAGAUAUACCUAGGAUACCUGAUAGCACACAUGCACAACUGGAGUCCAGUUCUAGCUCAUUCGAAUCUCAAAAAAUGGAUCGUCCUUCUAUUUCCGUUACCUCUCCUAUGAGUCCUGGCAUGUUGAGGGAUGUUCCACAGUUCUUAUCUGGACAACUUUCAAUAAAACUAUGGUUUGACAAGGUUGGUCACCAAUUAAUAGUUACAAUUUUGGGAGCAAAGGAUCUCCCUUCCAGGGAAGAUGGGAGGCCAAGGAACCCUUAUGUUAAAAUUUACUUUCUUCCAGACAGAAGUGAUAAAAACAAGAGAAGAACUAAAACAGUAAAGAAAACGUUGGAGCCCAAAUGGAACCAAACAUUCAUUUAUUCUCCAGUCCACCGGAGAGAAUUUCGGGAACGAAUGCUGGAGAUUACCCUUUGGGAUCAAGCUCGAGUUCGAGAGGAAGAAAGUGAAUUCUUAGGAGAGAUUUUAAUUGAAUUAGAAACAGCAUUAUUAGAUGAUGAACCACAUUGGUACAAACUUCAGACCCAUGAUGUCUCUUCAUUGCCACUUCCCCACCCUUCUCCAUAUAUGCCUCGACGACAGCUCCAUGGAGAGAGCCCAACACGCAGGUUGCAAAGGUCAAAGAGAAUAAGUGAUAGUGAAGUCUCUGACUAUGACUGUGAUGAUGGCAUUGGUGUGGUAUCAGAUUAUCGACACAAUGGUCGAGAUCUUCAAAGCUCAACAUUAUCAGUGCCAGAACAAGUAAUGUCAUCAAAUCAUUGUUCACUAUCAGGGUCCCCUCACAGAGUAGAUGUCAUAGGAAGGACUAGAUCAUGGUCACCCAGUGUCCCUCCUCCACAAAGUCGGAACGUGGAACAGGGACUUCGAGGGACACGCUCUGCUACUGGACAUUAUAAUACGAUUAGCCGAAUGGAUAGACAUCGUGUCAUGGAUGACCAUUAUUCUCCAGAUAGAGACAGGGAUUGUGAAGCAGCAGAUAGACAGCCAUAUCACAGAUCCAGAUCAACAGAACAACGGCCUCUCCUAGAGCGGACCACCACCCGCUCCAGAUCCACUGAACGUCCUGAUACAAACCUCAUGAGGUCGAUGCCUUCAUUAAUGACUGGAAGAUCUGCCCCUCCUUCACCUGCCUUAUCGAGGUCUCAUCCUCGUACUGGGUCUGUCCAAACAAGCCCAUCAAGUACUCCAGUGGCAGGACGAAGGGGCCGACAACUUCCACAACUUCCACCAAAGGGAACAUUGGAGAGAAAAGAAGUGGACUCCACAAGGAGAAGACAUGCAGGUGCUAUGGAUAUAGAGGAGAGAAAUCGCCAAAUGAAAAUUAACAAAUACAAACAGGUAGCCGGAUCAGAUUCCAGACUGGAACAAGAUUACCAUUCGAAGUAUCGAUCAGGAUGGGAUCCUCAUAGAGGGGCAGAUAAUAUUUCCACUAAAUCUUCGGACAGUGAUGUAAGUGAUAUAUCUGCGGUUUCAAGGACUAGUAGUGCUUCUCGUUUCAGCAGCACAAGCUACAUGUCUGUCCAAUCAGAACGGCCAAGAGGAAACAAGAAAAUCAGUGUCUUUACAUCCAAAAUGCAAAGCAGACAAAUGGGCAUCUCAGGGAAGAACAUGACUAAAAGCACCAGCAUCAGCGGAGACAUGUGCUCACUUGAGAAGAAUGAUGGCAGCCAGUCUGACACUGCAGUGGGCGCCUUGGGCUCCAGUGGCAAAAAGCGGCGCUCUAGCAUUGGGGCCAAAAUGGUAGCUAUUGUUGGUCUUUCCCGGAAAAGUCGCAGCGCUUCUCAGCUCAGCCAAACGGAAGCGGGAGGUAAAAAGCUACGGAGCACUGUCCAGAGAAGUACAGAAACAGGCCUGGCUGUGGAAAUGAGGAACUGGAUGACUCGACAGGCAAGCCGAGAAUCUACAGAUGGCAGCAUGAACAGCUACAGCUCAGAAGGAAAUCUGAUUUUCCCUGGUGUCCGCUUGGCCUCUGAUAGCCAGUUCAGCGAUUUUCUGGAUGGCCUUGGCCCUGCCCAGCUAGUAGGGCGCCAGACUCUGGCUACACCUGCAAUGGGUGACAUUCAGGUAGGAAUGAUGGACAAAAAGGGACAGUUGGAGGUGGAAAUCAUUCGUGCCCGUGGCCUUGUUGUAAAACCAGGUUCCAAGACACUGCCAGCACCAUAUGUAAAGGUGUAUCUAUUAGAUAAUGGAGUCUGCAUAGCCAAAAAGAAAACAAAAGUGGCAAGAAAAACGCUGGAACCACUUUACCAGCAGCUAUUAUCUUUCGAAGAGAGUCCCCAAGGAAAAGUUUUACAGAUCAUUGUCUGGGGAGAUUAUGGCCGCAUGGAUCACAAAUCCUUUAUGGGAGUGGCCCAGAUACUUUUAGAUGAACUGGAGCUAUCCAAUAUGGUGAUUGGAUGGUUCAAACUUUUCCCCCCUUCCUCCCUAGUAGAUCCAACCUUGGCCCCUCUGACAAGAAGAGCUUCCCAGUCAUCUCUGGAAAGUUCAACUGGACCUUCUUACUCUCGUUCAUAGCAACUGUAAAACUGUUGUCCAUAGCAACCAGCGUUACAAAAAAAAAAAAUCACAGGUCGCAAACCCUGGUAACACUGCAUGCUUAAUGUUGUGUCUUCUGAGCCUGUUUCUAGGGAUACAAAGCGAUCCUGUGUUCUCAGAGGAAGUUGCACACAUUGUGCCCUAAAGAAGGCCCUCAGGUGAAAGAGCAGAGCUAUGAAGAACUAUCAGGUUUAGAGUUCAAUACUACUCGAGUUUUGGUCCAAUCUGAAGCCAUGGAUUAAUCUCAAAGAAUCAGUCAGUUUCAUGCAACAAAAGCCCUUUUCAAUGGCACCUUUAUAUUUUUAUCGUUCCUUUUUCUUCAUUUCUCUGACCCCAAAGCCCUGUUAUGCCACAGAAAUGGAGCUAUACAGCCAUUAAGCCAUGGUACAAGUCAAGGAGUAAAGUCCUAGGAAGCAUCAGGUAAAAAGCAGGGGACCCAAGAAGUGGUCCAGGACAAAACCUCAGCCCUCAUCUGGCCGGUGACCAGGAGCAGCCAGUCCAACGUGAACGGCGGUAGACUUCGCAGCUCCAGCAGGCACGUCAUGCACUAAUGCCAAGAUGUGUUGGACUCUGAAAAACAAAAUUCUGUGGCUACACUGUACUGAAUGAAAUUAAAGAAACUUU